CACCAUCGGCACCAUCCUGUUCUCCAUCACCAUCAGCACCAUUGGCACCGUCAUUCUCUUCUCCAUCACCAUCAGCACCAUUGGCACCACCAUCCUCCUCUCCAUCACCAUCGGCACCAUCCUGUUCUCCAUCACCAUCAGCACCAUUGGCACCGUCAUUCUCUUCUCCAUCACCAUCAGCACCAUUGGCACCACCAUCCUCCUCUCCAUCACCAUCGGCACCAUCGUGCACUUCUCCGUCACCGUCGGUACCAUCCUCCUCCUCUCCACCACCAUCCUCCUCUCCAUCACCAUUGGCACCAUCCUCCUCUUCACCACCAUCGGCACCGUCAUCCUCUCCAUCACCAUUGGCACCACCAUGCUCCUCUCCAUCACCGUCGGCACCGUCGUGCACUUCUCCGUCACCGUCGGCACCAUCCUCCUCCUCUCCACCACCAUUGGCACCAUCCCCCUCCUCUCCACACCCGUGUCCGUGCCCAUCGCCGUGGGUGACCAUGGCCGACCUGAAGGCGCAGGCCGUGCGGGAGCUGAGCCUCGAGGUUGCCCUGCGGGAGC